UCUUGUGUCAUUCAUCGAAUUUUCAGAUUAUUUCCCGUUCGUUAAUGGAGUCUCCCCGAACUCACGUAGAUACCGGCGACGCCGGGGAUGAAGAAGACGAUCUUCAGCUGCUUGAGCGAGAACUGGAUCGCACCCGAUCCUCGAUUCAGAUGCUGAAUGUUAGCUUGGAUGAACAGGUAUCAGAAUCGGAGAAAGGCUGAUGUUCUGAGCGAAUCGCAGAAGUUGCGAGAGAGAAUUGAUGGUUCUGGUUGUAAUGCAGCCGUUGAUAAACUGAUUCCGAUUCUCGAAUCAUUGAAGAGCUUAGAGAAUGAAGAAUGUGUGCUACGAGCUGAUUAUGAUGCGAGACGUGCUGGAUUAGAAGCCGACGUUUGCGAAUUGGAGGACAAGGUGGAAUCUGGUUCUCACAGUGAGAGCCUUUCUGAGAGCCUGGAUAGUUUGCUGGAAAUGUCAUUGGAGAAAUUAGAUUCAGCAAAGAAGGAACUGGCAGGUAGACUGAGGGCCGUACUGUUAGUGAAGCGUCAGAUUGAUGAUGUGGCGACUCAAGCAGAAGUUAUCCAGUAUGAUCGUAGACUUUCUGAACUCAAUGCUUAUAUCCAGGAGAAACACCAACAAACCCGUAAACACUAUGAUACCUAUAAUGCUCUGUUGGAGAUUAAAGACUUGAUGCUAAAAGAAACUUCCUUAUUGAACUCAAUAAAUUCCCAGUUCCAGGAUGCAAUUACUAGUGCUGACGGUCGCAUGAAACUCAUAGCUUCAAUGGAAGGAAUUGUGAAGAACAGUCAACAGAAGCUACGAAAGUUGGAGAAUGGACUUGAUGAGGAGCAGAUGACUCUCAGCAAUCUCAAGAAGAAGUAUGCUGCUGCAAUGUCGGAGCAAAGGCAUUGCUAUUCUCUGUUGAAAGCAUUUCAGGAGGAAUGUUCAAAGAAUGAGAGGCUCCGAGGUCUAUCUGCAGCUUAGGAAACCCAGCGCGUUACGGAAAAGAUAUAUGUAUGUCCGAUUAAGAUUCUUUUCGAUGUAAUCACAGAAUAUGAUGGGUGUCUUGUUCAUGCUGCUGAAACCUAUGGUUGGAUUUCUUGUAACUGCAAGUUAUCGUCGUCCUUGUUUGCUUUCUCCGUCCCGUCGUUGAAUAAAUUCGGGUCCUCGGAACACUCCAAUUUAACUAAUCUUUCGCUAUUGAAUAGUUACAGCUAAUUAAACAAUUCAGAAUGAGGUGGCAUGAUCUCUUACUUUGUAAAGAAUACUAC